AUGGCCCCUCCACAACAAAACCUGUGGAGGGCGAAUUGGCUGCAUUGGUCCCGCGUCGUCAGUCACAUCGACGCGCCGUCAUGGGCAUUACAAGUAUCCAAAGGUGAAACGCGCUUGACGGGGCCAUCUGCUAUUGGUUAUCGGCUGCUGGCCUUUGACUGGGUCGUGCGACUCGGGGCAGCUCCGGUAGACCGAACCAUCCGCCUCUGCGACAGUGACGCUCACGGAUUUGACCAAAUACCGCCCACAAGGUCCAGCGACACACACAUCUCGCACGAUCAAGCUCCGGGAGGGUUCGGCAUUGGAGGAGGUUCCUGCGCUAAUGCUGACGAGACAUCUUUGCCAGAUCAAGAGACACUGGCUGCAGCUGGUCAGCCUCGAGUAGGCCAAGCUAGGGAAGCUAUCAUUGGUGGCGACGCACCUCUUCUUUGGGUGACCAACGACAGCCUAAUCAUCGCUGCGGACAACGUCAAUAAUCUGCCGACGAGACGCCCUGACAAUAAUGCCGGUAUGGCUGUGCGAAAUUCGGAGUACGCAAUGGAGUUGUCUCGAACAGUUCAUGAACUAAAUGGACUUAUAACUCGGCUUUUUCAGUCGGAAUCAAGUCCGACGGCCCACCCCCCAGCGUCUCAGAAGGCUCUUCAAGCCCUCAGCCGGCGCAUUGUGAAACAAACUGGCGAAAAAGCGACCGAGUGUCCCGUCUGUCUUGAUGAUACCAAGGUAGGGGACAUGGUUGUGGCUCUGCUUUGCAAGCAUCUGUUUCACUAUGAUUGCAUCUACCCGUGGCUGAAAGAAUGUUGCACGUGUCCCGUUUGCCGGACACCUCUCGAAGACGGGGAAGACGAAGGAUACAAAAGCGCACCGGUUAAAGACAGCCCGGCUAUUGGGUUAUCGGUCGCAGUGCAGCUGGCUCUCCGCCCUGCCUUGCCAGCGCCACCAGCAAGUAGCUCUAGUUGA